AUGAGCAUUUGUACGCUUGUGUUAAAUAUUGCAAUCGACGGGUUACCGAUCUUCAAAAGCAGUAAAUUGCAAUUUUGGCCCAUACUUAUUAACAUUCAUGAAAUGCCAGAAGUACCAGUUAUGAAAGUUGCUAUAUACUGCGGACCAACAAAACCAGCAAGUAUCGAACACUUUCUUCGUCCUUUCGUGGACGAACUAAACUUCCUAAUGAAGAAUGGAGUAAUGGUUCAAAAUGAGAAGUUUAAUAUACAACUACGUGCCAUUAUAGCUGAUUCUCCUGCUCGUGCGCAUAUCAAAGGACAGAGUAUGCGAAGAAGAGUUGCGUUCCCGGAUCAAAUUGCUCCAAAUCGUACUGACGAGGGAUUUAGAAUUCGAGUGUGUAAGGACCAUCAUAAGUCUUGGUGUUGUCUCCUGCGAUCGUCUACACCUAAUUGA